AUGGGAAAAGCCGAUAUUGGAACUGCAAAAUAUCAAUCAAAACAGUUGAAGGCAUCCGGAUUACAAAGGUUACGCUUUUAUUGUCAAAUUUGUGAAAAGCAAUGCAGAGAUGCAAAUGGGUUUAAAAAUCAUAUAAAUUCUUUAUCACAUCAAAAAAAAAUUACUUCAUUAAAGGAUGGUGGUUCAAGUAUAAUAGAGGAAUAUUCUAAUCAAUUCCUAAAAGAUUUCAUCAAAUUGUUAAAGAUAAAUCACGGUACAAAGAAAAUAAACGCAAACAAAUUUUACCAAGAGUAUAUUCUAAAUGAUAGAGAUCAUGUACAUAUGAAUUCAACAAAAUGGUCCUCAUUGACCCAAUUUGUGAAGUUUCUAGGCAAUAAAGGAUAUGUAAAAGUUGAGCAACCCGAAACAGAUACUGACACAGAAUUUAAUCUAGUUAUAAGGCUUAUAGAUUCAGAGUACUAUCAAAAACAACAAGAGUUGAUGCAAAACCAAAAGAAUAUAAAAACCGAGGAGCAGAUGUCGAUGAAGCUUAUAAAUGACCAAAUUAAAAAAGGACAAGAAUAUAUGAGUAAGCAUAAAGAAGAAUUUAAAGAAGACUUGACGCCAAACAUCAUAAAUCCCAAUCAACCCAUUAAAGUAUCAUUGAAAUCGUCUAUAUCUAGAAGACCGAAGGUCCAAUCGGCUUUUGGUAAUGACAGCGAAAGCGAGGGAGAAGAUAGUAUAGAGGAGGGAGAAAGAAGAAAGCAGACUAAAGGAAAAAACAAUGCAAAGAUUGGUGAAAUAACUAAUAGAAUAGCUGUUAAAUCUAGACGUUGA